AUGAAGCUGUGUGUUCUUCUUCUUCUCCUGCUUUGCCUCUGCUGUCUGGGACUGACUCAGGAGCUCAGCACUGUCCCUCCUGAUGUCCCUGAGGUUGAAGAGAAGGAGACGGAGGAGGAGCAGGUCAGCUGCACAGGAAGCCAGGCGUUCAGCCCUGAGAGCCGGAGGGCGAUAGGGGGCGCCAUCGAGCAACUGGGUCUGAAGAUACUGGAACAACUUCCUGUCGGCCCCCAGCAGCCGAACGUCAUCAUCUCCCCCCUCAGCCUCGCCCUGGCCCUCGCUCAGCUCACCUUAGGUGCUCGCAAUGAAACAGAGAAGCUGCUCCUGGAGAGCCUCCACGCCUCCGGGCUGCCGUGUUUCCAUCACACCCUGGGAGCCCUCGUUUCUCAUUUCAGGAACACGUCGCUGGAGGUGGCCGCUCGCAUGUACCUGAGACCAGGGUUUGAAGUGGAGCUGUCUUUUGUUGAGGACUCUCUGGCCAGGUACCAAUCGUCCCCGGUGCCCCUGGUCUCCGUGGAGGAGGUGAACCAAUGGGUGGGGAACGCCACCAAUGGUCAGAUCAACAACUUCAUGGAGAGUAUUCCUCACAGCGUGGUGCUCAUGCUCAUCAACGCUGUCUACUUCAAAGGUGCAUGGCAGACACAGUUUGACCCCCAGGUGACCUCUAAGGGAGCGUUUUACCUGGACAACAGCAACACGGUGUCGGUGGACAUGAUGAAGUCUCCUCAGUACCCUCUGCGUCUGCUCAACGACCAACAGCUGGAGGCACAGGUUGCCAGUUUCCCCUUCAAAGGGAACACCAGCUUCCUGAUCGUCAUGCCUUUGUCUGGAAAAGGAAACGUGUCGUCACUGCUUCCCAAACUGAACAUCUCAGACCUCUACAGACGGUUACCGCAGGAGAAAACCAUGCAGGUCAACCUGCCCAAACUCAAGCUGCAGUACCGGCAGGAGCUGCAGGAGGCGCUCACCAACAUGG